AUGGACGACCUCGCCAACCUCGAAUUCCUGUCGCUCGUCUCGAAGGUCACAUCAGAAAUCCAGAAUCACGUUGGCGUCUCCGACAAAACACUCGCCGAGUUCGUAAUCGACCAACAUGCGAAAUGCAAAGGCGUCGCCGACUUCAAGGACCAGCUCGAGGCCAUGGGUGCCGAAUUCCCGCAGAGCUUGGUGGAGAGCAUCGAUCGUUUAGUCCUGACCCUGCAUCCAAAAUACAAGACGCAAGAUUCCAAGGGAAAUCAGGCAGGCGCAAAUAAUGGCCACGAUACCGAUCGGAAGACGCGAGUCUUCAAGGGCCUCGCCAUCCCAGAUAAAGAGGUUGAUUACAACGUAGCAGACGAAGAGCCCGCGACUGGUGCGCUGGACGAUACAUUCGCAAUGCUCGAGGGCUUGGCCGGGAGCGCACCAGGCAAGCCCAAGGAGCGGUCGCGGAAGAGGAGCAUGAGCCCAUAUGACAGCGACGACGAUGCAAGUAGGAGCAAGCGGCAUAGGCACAGAGACGCAUCAUCAUCUCGCUCACGGUCGCGAAGUCCAAAACGUCACGAGCGGAACGAUGAGCUGGUCUUCCAGGAUGAAUUCGGACGAACUCGCACUGUAAAACCGACCAGCAAACAACGAAGCCGAAAAAAGUACCGCGACGAAGACCUCGAUGAGUUCCGACGCCCACCAACGCCCGAGCUUGACGAUGAACCCGUCCUCUACAAGGUCUACGACGGCAAGGUCACAGGCGUCAAGGACUUUGGUGUCUUCGUCAAUCUACAAGGUGUCAAGGGCAAGGUUGACGGGCUGGUGCACGUCACACAGAUGGCAGAGGGAAGAGUCAACCACCCCUCCGAUCUGGCCUCCAGAUGGCAAGAAGUCAAAGUCAAAGUCACGAAGAUGGAAGGAGGCAGGAUAUCGCUGUCCAUGAAAGAGGUGGACCAGCGGACAGGUCGCGACCUUGCCCCUGGAAAACGUAUAGCAUCACUAGCAUCAGGCGCAAACUCACAAGGAUUGGGAGGCAUUCCUGGCCUUGAUAGUACGGUGCCCGUGGUCGAAGAGGGCUACAGUGGUCGCAAGAAUGGCAUGCGGAAGCGCAUGACUUCCCCUGAGAGAUGGGAAAUCAAGCAGCUGAUUGCAUCCGGCGUAAUACCCAAGUCAGAUUAUCCGGAUAUCGACGAAGACUUUAAUGCUCACAUAAAUGGCGAGGGUGGCUUCGAUGAAGAGGAGGAUGUGGACAUCGAAGUCCGCGAAGAAGAGCCUCCUUUCUUGGCUGGCCAGACCAAACAGUCCUUGGAACUCUCGCCAAUUCGAGUUGUCAAAGCGCCUGAUGGGUCACUUAAUCGCGCAGCCAUGGCUGGAGACACACUAGCAAAGGAAAGGCGUGACCUCAGGCAGCAAGAAGCCCAGGAGAAGGCAGCCAAGGAGGCAGCCAACGUUGACUUGAGUAGUCAGUGGAACGACCCCAUGGCUCAGCAACGACAAUUUGCGAGCGAUCUCCGCAAUACACGAACGAACCAGCCUAGCGAGGCGCUGCCUGAAUGGAAGAAGAUCUCAACCGGAAGUAGAGACACAUCGUUCGGCAAACGCACCAACAUGAGCAUCAAAGACCAGCGAGAAUCUCUACCGGUGUACAAGUUUAGGAAACAACUGCUCGAAGCCGUUGCGGCCCAUCAGAUCUUGAUCGUCAUUGGUGACACUGGAUCCGGCAAGACCACGCAGCUGACCCAGUACUUGGCGGAAGCUGGAUAUGCCAACGAACUUGUAAUCGGCUGCACGCAGCCUAGGCGUGUCGCAGCUAUGAGUGUCGCCAAGCGUGUUGCAGAAGAAGUUGGCUGCAAGCUUGGGGAUGAGGUCGGCUACACAAUUCGAUUCGAAGACUGCACAUCACCUGACACAAGGAUCAAAUACAUGACGGACGGUAUCUUACAACGUGAGAUUCUACUAGAUCCCCUGUUGAACAAGUACAGCUGUAUUAUGCUGGACGAAGCCCACGAACGUACCAUCGCCACAGACGUAUUGUUUGGACUGUUGAAGAAGACUCUCAAGCGACGGCCUGACAUGAAGCUCAUUGUCACUAGUGCCACACUUGAUGCCGACAAGUUCUCCGAGUACUUCUACAAUUCACCGAUCUUCUCGAUCCCUGGCCGUACUUUCCCCGUCGAGGUCAUGUACAGCCGAGAACCUGAAUCGGACUACCUGGACGCCGCGCUAGUGACGGUUAUGCAAAUCCAUCUCACAGAGCCAGCAGGUGAUAUAUUGUUGUUCUUGACGGGUAAAGAGGAGAUCGAUUCAUCUUGCGAAAUCAUAUCCGAGCGUAUGAAAGCUCUGGGGCCGAAUGUUCCUGAGCUGAUGAUACUGCCUAUCUACGGAGCACUACCUUCAGAGGUUGCAUCGCGUAUCUUUGAGCCCGCCCCUGAUGGUAACCGCAAAGUCGUCAUCGCUACGAAUAUUGCCGAGACGAGUUUGACUAUUGACGGCAUCUACUACGUCGUGGACCCCGGUUUCGUCAAGCAGAGUUCGUAUGAUGGCAAGCUGGGCAUGGACCGUCUUCAAAUCACACCCAUCUCGCAGGCCCAAGCUCGUCAGCGAAGUGGUAGAGCAGGCAGAACAGGUCCAGGAAAGUGCUUCCGCCUGUACACUGAGGCCGCUUUCCAGAACGAGAUGCUACCCACUACUAUCCCCGAAAUCCAGCGGCAGAAUUUGUCAAAUACCAUUCUAAUGCUCAAAGCCAUGGGUAUCAACGAUCUCCUCCAUUUCGACUUCAUGGACCCACCGCCAACUAACACCAUGCUGACUGCCCUGGAAGAAUUAUACCAACUUGGUGCUCUAGAUGACGAAGGCUUACUCACACGGCUUGGUCGUCAGAUGGCCGAUUUCCCCAUGGAUCCGUCAUUAUCAAAGUCUCUAAUCAGAUCGGUUGAUCUUCAAUGCUCGGAUGAAAUUCUCACCAUUGUCGCCAUGAUCAGCGCCACACAAUCAGUCUUCCAUCGCCCACGAGACAAGCAACAACAGGCCGACCAGAAGAAGCAGAAGUUCAACGAUCCUUCCGGGGAUCAUAUCACGCUGCUAAACGUGUACAACGGCUGGAAAGCAGGCGGUUUCAGCACGCCGUGGUGCCACGAAAACUUCGUCAUGCCCAGAAACAUGUUGAGAGUAAAGGAUGUGCGAAACCAACUCCUUCAGAUCAUGGCCCGGCACAAACACCAAGUCGUUUCCUGUGGCCGCAACACGAUCAAAGUCCGACAGGCCCUCUGUAGCGGCUUCUUCCGCAACUCUGCACGCAAAGACCCUUCGGAAGGCUACAAGACGCUCGUUGAAGACACACCCGUAUACUUGCACCCGUCCUCUUCCCUUUUCGGCAAGCCGGCCGAACACGUCAUCUACCACUCUCUCAUCGAGACGACCAAAGAGUACAUGCACGUUUGCUCCGCUAUCGAACCUAAAUGGCUCGUUGAAGCCGCGCCGACUUUCUUCAAGGUCGCGCCUACGGACCGGUUGAGUAAGAGGAAGAAGGCUGAAAGAAUUCAGCCGCUGCACAACAAGUUUGCAGGUGAAGACGAUUGGAGAUUGUCUGCACAAAGACGGGCUGGCAGGGGUGGUGGUGGAACAUGGGGAUAG